AUGGUCUCCCAAAUGAGGUCGGAGGUCUCCGCGCCGAUGCUGCUCCAAGUGGGCGAGCCUGCGCGCCUGGCCGCGGUGACGCUCCUGGAGGCUGACAGCAAGGAGUCCUUGAUUGUGAAAUACAUCCAGGCGGGUGACCUGGGCGCCAAGUAUGGCGGCAACAUCACCGAGUACGAGUUGAGGUAUGCUCGCAAGGAGCAGUACCUGGAUGACCCGGAUGCCGGGCAGAUCGUGACGGACGAAGGAUGUUCCCCGGACCAGGUGGGACUUCUGAAUUGGCCAGCUCCACCUCACGGAGAAUCCCCGCCCGUGCGCGUGGGUGGGCUCAUCACCGGUCGGACCUACCUCUUCCAGGUCCGGGCGGUGUCGCCGCACGGGACCGGGCCGUGGAGCUUCGUGUCGGAGCCCUUCAAGACGCUGCCGUCGCGGCCGGAGACACCGGAGCCCAUUGAAGUGGUGAAAGGAGUGCUGAAUCCUUACAGUGCGAAGUUGAAGAUGGUGCUACCUGAAGGCAAUGGCAGCCCUGUGACGGGAUGCAGGUUACACUUCCUGGGUCCCAACUGGAAGACUCGUCCCGAAGUCACGGAGUGGAAGGAGCUCAAAGUGGUGGAGGCGGAGGAUUGCGAGGUGGAGCAGCGGCCGGUGGAGGACGAGGACACGGCCACCUUGCCGGUGCAAUACAACUGGGAUUUCACGGUCCUACACUUGGAGCCUGGAGCCAGCUACAGGUUCAAAUUCUCCUGUCUCAACGAGGUGGGAGAGUCGGACACCAGUGAACCCUCGAACCUGGUGACGACGAUGCCGACGAUCCCGGACAAGUGCACGGCGCCCUUCCUGGCCUCGGAGGAGGAUGCCAAGCCAUACUCCAUCACCUUCCAUUGGCACGUCCCUCAUGAUGGCGGCUCUGACAUUCAGUUCUACACCUUGAUUUGGGCCACGAACAUGCGCUUUCAGGGCUUCAAGGUCAUUGAGAACAUCACGGAGACGAGCUACACAUUGGACAACGUCGAGCCCAACUUGAAGUUCUACCUUCGAGUGGCGGCGACGAACGAUGUCGGCCAGGGCAAGUUCUCGGACUGCAUCCCACAUCUGGGACAAGGGGUGGUGGCCACGAUCCCUCGCGCGCCUUCCGCGCCGCGCGAGUUGAAGGGCGAGCCACACCCGAAAGCCGUCGGGGCUGUCUUGCUGAAGUGGCUGAAGCCCACAGAAGAUGGAGGUUGCAUGAUUGGAAGGUAUCGGAUUUGCUACUCGCUGCAUGAAGACUUCAAGGAGGCAAAGGAAGUGGGCCACAAGGCGGGGAGAGAGGCGAAGGUCGGCGAUCUGAAGCCGGAGACGGAAUACUAUUUCAAAGUGGCGGGCGUCAACUUGGUCGGACAAGGUCCCUACGGCGAAUCCGUCAUGGUCAAGACGGAGCCCAUGCCGCCGGAGAAGUUCAUUGCACCACGGCAGCCUGAGCCACCCAUCGUGCAGCUUCUCUCCGAGAACGGCGUGGAUCGGCUGAAGGUGAAGUGGGUUUGCCCAGAGAAUUGGGACAAUCGAGUCGGCUUCAUCUACGACCAGGACAAGCAGACCCACAUGAUCACCCACUACAGCCUCUACAUGCAGGGUGGGUAUCCUUCGCCAGACGUCAACGAGCACGAGGAACUCCGGGAGAACAUCCCACAGGUCAGGGACUACAAGACCAGACCCAAAAACGUGCAGAACGUCACCACCCUGGAGGGCCUCGUGCCUGGCCGCUUUUACCACUGCAUCCUGAAGGCCUGGGAUUUGUGA